UAUUCGAAAUUAUAAACCAAUAUUCAAAUUUUUAGCAACACGAAGGAAACGUCUUAAACCUCGCUCCACAACGUACUUCAUUGGUUACGCGGAACGUUCAUUGCCUUCGGCUGAGCGCAGACCGGCCUGCGUGCAUUGCAAAUUGAGGCAAAUAUUCGAUGAGUUCAAGAAGAAAUUUCACAAAAAGUACAAGGACAAAAAAGAAGAAGAAAUGCGGAUUUUAACAUUCCAGGAAUCUUUGUGUCUAGUUGACUUUUUUCAGUGGCGGCUGUAUCGUACAAACCUGAAGUUUGAGGCAAACGAGUACAGCGAUUGGACAUAUGAAGAGUUUUUGGACAAAUUUACCGGAAUCAAGGUGCAUAAACGGAGCAGGCGUUAUACCAUGGGCAAUAAGACGUUGGACAAGUUACUUCGUAGUGUCCCAAAAGCCUUCUCAUGGCUCCAGUGCAACGUCACAUCUGCGGUCAGAAGCCAGGGCCCUUGUGGAUCCUGCUACGCCUUUUCGUCUGUCGAUCUCGCGUCCACUCAAUAUAACAUUGACCACAAGAUAUGGGAGCCAUCCACAGCAUUGUCCCCUCAGUACAUUACGGUUCAAAACAAAAGUCUUGAAAUACCGACCGAAACCUGUUAUCCGUACAAGAUGGUCGAAGGCGAAUGCCAGAAACCUACGUGUACAGAGGAUAUCACUCGAAACCUUAAAAUCAAAUGGGCAAAGAUGAUCAACGCCACUUCAAACGAGAAAGAAAUACUGUCGAUCUUGCUGAACAGGGGGCCUUUCGUAACACUGAUCAGCGUUCCACAAACACUGCAGCUGUACAAGUCAGGGAUCAUCCGCCGUCCUCAAUGUCAGGUAAAAGCGGAACAUGCAGUUAUGAUCGUCGGCUACAACUACACCAGCUCCAUUCCGUACUACAUUGUCAAAAACACGUGGGGCAAGAGUUGGGGUGAGGGUGGCUUCUUCCGAAUAGAGGCCGGAACUAACACCUGCGGUGUCGCCCAAUUCAUCACCGUCAUCUGCACUGCUGAGAACUGCGCAAACAUAUACGAACCUGAAAAAUGGCAGAUCCCAAUGAACUCCAUGGAGUGUCGACAGAAGAUUCCGCUUAGCAAUGUUGACUGCUGUCCAUGCGAGCAAGUCUGCUGUCCUUGUCCAGAAAUUUGA